GCGCCGCACCUCGCGGGUGUUACACUGAAAUGUGUCCCCUGGGAGACGCAAAAGCGGCAGGACAGACUGUGUUUUUCGUGGUUGGUGUUACAAGAAUUUGAAGGAAAAAAAAACAGGGAGAGAAGGAAGUAAAAAAGAAGACCAGCUGAUUUUACGGUGGUGUUUAUGCACUGUAUAUAUCCUUUCUGAGGUUGUUCUCGCGCUGUGUGCGAUGACAGACUUUAACUUUAAACGGUUCACGUAGGAGUGGAGGGCGCCUGGCCGACCGGCUCACCACCGCAGCCUGAAGGCGUCUUUCCUGCCGGUUAGUGAGUGGAUGUUGUUUUCCGUGGCGGAUGGCUGAAAUGACAUGUCCGUCGGAAGACAAAGAGCUGCAGGAACAGCUGAGGGAGGCGUCAGCCAUUGGUAAUAUUGACGAGGUUCAGACCCUGGUGGAGAGGGGAGUUGAUGUGAACUCGCAGAAUGAGAUCAACGGCUGGACCUGUUUGCAUUGGGCAUGCAAGCGCAAUCACAGGCAGAUUGUGUCUUACCUGUUAAAUGCAGGCGCCGACAAAGAGAUUCUCACUGCAAAGGGGGAAAGAGCUGCACAGCUAACUUCAAAACCUGAUAUCAGGAAACUUUUGGGAGUGGAAGAAAAUGAAAUAAUUGAAGCAAAAGAAGCUGAGCUGCCUAUCACAGCAAACUACCUUACAUUUCCGCAGUUCCCAUAUGCAGUAAGUGGUAAGAGUGCACCUGCAUCAAGUGCCCAAGGCAGAUGUUACACCGAGAGCAAUGGGGCACUUGAAGCUGUCCACGAUGAAGGCCCUACAAUUUUUCCAGCCAUUAAAGAAGCAAAUGUGCACAAUAACACGGUUGCACACAAUGGAGAAUCUCAUGUGCAUGCAGCUGAACACAAUGGCGCUCCUCCUCAAAGUGCAGUGACUGCAGUAGCUCCAGAAGCUGUUCUCCCAAGCCAUGGGGAAUACCGAACACAGAAUGGACUGGUUUGCACACCACUACUUUCACCAAGUGCAAGUGGAGGCCCACCUGUCCCACCCACACGACAACAGUCAAUACCUCAGCAGCUGCACAGUGCCCAGGUGGGAGCCAUGCCAGCUUUUCAGCCAUUUUUUUUCACGGGUGCUUUUCCCAUGAAUAUGCAAGAACUGGUGCUGAAAGUUCGAAUCCAAAACCCGGCUCUGAAGGAGAAUGACUUUAUUGAAGUUGAACUAGAUCGGCAAGAGCUUACUUACAGAUCUUUGCUCAGGGUGUGCUGUCGAGAACUUCAAGUCAGCACCGAUCACGUGCAGAAGAUCAGAAAGCUACCAAACACCAUAUUAAGAAAAGACAAAGAUGUUGCAAGACUGCAAGACUUCCAGGAACUUGAACUGGUUUUAGAUAAAAGUGAAAAUCUUUCUUUACUGGCCAAUGCUGGACAAGCCACUUUAACGGAGAAGCCUUGCUACAACAUGAAGGCUUCAAAGCUCACAUACUAAGUUCUUAUUCAGAGUGAUUUAGAUACUUUCUUGAUUUUUGUGAAAUUCUCUUUUAUUCUUUAUAACACUAAUUUACUGUUUUAUAUACUGCACAAUAUAAUUUUUCAGAUUAUUAUUCUGGCAAAGGAGUGAUUUAUCCAUUAGAAACUGUGAUGUACACCUUUCUUUAAGAAGACCCUUUCAACUAACCUUUUUGGAAUUUAAUUGCAUAUGAGCUGUUUCUUACUCUUUAUCUAUUAAGUAGUUAAUGGUCAAGGCGUUCUCAUGUUUUUGCAAACUGAAUAUGUUUUUCGUGCAGUUUUUCUCCGGCAGUUGAGGCGUUUGGUCCUGCCUGCAUCAAGCCGGUGGACAGUUCUUGUCCCUUCUUGCAGCACAUUUUUUUGACAGGUCUUGGGUUGGAAAGUUGAACCCAUGUCACGUUUUGCACAUUUUUAAGUUGGUGUUCAUCUAUACUAUUUGAGACAUUUUCUUUUUUGUGUAAAAAUGUAACCUAUCUUCUUCCCUAUCCCAGCCUAAUAUGCACUGCAUUAGUGGAUGUACAGGGUCUUGCUUUGAGCAGUACAUGCUGUGCACACUGAAAUGCAAAACUGAACAAUAUUUUUCAAAUCCAUUGACAAUUUAGAUUUUAUCACCUUUCUAAGUAAACUCCAUUGCUUUCCUAUUUAGUUGAAUUGAGCAUUUAUUUCCCCAUGUCUAAUUUCCUACUUGAAUUUUUCUAUUUAAUUUUAAAUUGACUAACAAAAACAUGUACUGCCCAAUCACACACAGCGAUUUGCCAUAAAAGUCAGUUUUCCUUUUCUUAGUUGGCUGUUUGGUUAGCAUUUGUUAUCACUUGCAAAAAGACAUUUAAUCUUAUUUUCAGAGAAAUAUGAUUGCUAUUUUUAACUUUGUAUUUGGGUUAACACAUUUUACAAUUACUUGCAUUAGGAUGGAACAGUGACUAUUAAAAAGCACAAUUAUUUUAAAUAAGUUUAUCUAUUAAGUCACUAGAAAAAGCUAGUGAUCAUUACUAACCAGUCACUCAGGUUUAAUAUUUUCCUUGUUAUGUUAAAGCAUUAGAUUAUAACUAACCUAAAUUACGUUUCUAUAUACACACAGACCCUUUUGUGACUGUAAAAUAAAGGCAGCUUACCUCAUGAAAAGUACUAUCAAUUUAAAGAAUUUUAUAUUUAAUCUUACUGUAAUAUAGUAAUUCAUUAGUUCUUUUUUAACCUGUUAGUGUAACUUUAUGUUAAUGGCUGAUAGUAGUAUGACUGUUAUUUUAGAAAGGAUAAUAUAGGUGCUGUUAUUUUAUAGUUUGUACAGCCUGUAAUUUGGUAUUUAGUCUGUUCACAUACCUCUAUACUGGCAGAGGAGACCUAAAUGUCAUGUUAACCUUGUCCCCGUCUCUGUUGAAGCUGCUUUUUUCCUCCACUAUAUGACUUCAGUCUUGCUAUGGAAUCCGUUGCCAGAUUCUUUUCCAGAAUAAGGAGUCGCUGUCAUGUAGCACUUUUUUCAAAGGCAAAAAUUAGAGUAUUGAAAUUAUUAUACAGCCUAUGGACAAAUGUUUUGUUUACCUUCAGUGCAAAGUAUAACCGUGCAUUUCUAGAUAUUAGUGGUUCAACAUAUGCACAAUUGCACUGAAUGUUAUUUUUAGGUUUGUUACUACCUUCAUUACAACGGUAGUUUAAAACAACCGCUUCUGUGAUGCAUUUUUUUUGGUCAGGUUUAUGUCUGUAGCUGAAAGUUCUUUUAAACAUUUGAAGGAGGGUCAGUAAGUGAUGAGUGCUGCAUAUAAAUUAUAAUAGACUAUCAAGUUUCCUACAUUUCCUUCCCACAUUACAUUUGUGCAGAAUAUAUUGAAUGGUUUGACUCACAUGUACAGUAUAUCUUCGGGUAGUAUUUUAUAAGCUGUUCUUAUAAACAGGUGGACGUCACUGAGAUGCUAAUAAGAACAAUUAUUACAGCACAUUCAGUUCAGACAAGCACAAUGUUGUACACAUGAACAAAAAUAGUUAAAACUUAUAUAGCAAAAGUAAAAUUGAAAACAGAUAUUGUAAUGCUGUUAUUGACUUGACUUCCCAAACUGUAGUGUUAAAUGUGGGGUUGAUGAAUCUAGAUAAUUAUUACUAAAGUGUGCAGUCCUAAUCUUCCUUAUUACUCCGCAUUUAUGAUGUACUCCUUAACAUAUGUAACAAUAGGGAGUAUAUAUAGGUAGUGUUUAACAAGUUCAAAUUUAUAAACAACAGUAACAGUAUUAGACCUGCCCAAUCUUUAAACCAUUUACGACAGAUAAGUACGUGUUACACAGUUUUUGAAGGUUCGUAUCUUUGCAGCGGCUACUAACCUGUUGUAUAUGUUUGUUUUAUUUUAAGGUCCAGUUGUCAGUCUUUCAAAGGAAUACAGUCAAACUAGUCUUCUUUUCUCUAGAAAUACUGAAUUUCCUUUUUUAACUUAAACCAAAAUGUCACUUCCAAAGUUAAACUAAAUUUUAAACUCAUAUUUUUGUGCUAUUUUUAAUUGAUAAAUUGCCAGUUACUAAUCGUUGAAUAAAAAGUAAUAUAAUAUCAAGGAAAUAAUUGCAGCUGAAAAAAAGAAAAAAACGGGGAUAUUUCGGUUGCCCAAGGUUUCAGCAUACAGAGCCUAGAAAACCAGUGCAGCUAAGCAGGCCAGAGUCCCACGGCGUUAUUUCUCCAUUAGUGUUGUAUUCAUACUCUAGGUUGAUUUCAUCUUUUUGUUAUAUUUAAAUGCAUGGAACUACUGACUGCAGCAGCUCAUUGAAGUUGCUGCGUAUGUAAUGCUUACAACCUGCAUGUCAUAGUUUUGGUUUAAUGUGCAUAGGUUUGAGUCUAGUACUUUCAUAUUUAAUAUAGACAUUCACCUCCCAAAGUAAGCGAUUGUGUGUUUCAUCAUGGUGUUAAAAAAUAAGUGUUUGUUCAUUAUGCCAAAUUCAUUUUUCUGUUUUCCUUGGAAUAUUAUAUAACAGCCUAUUAGUUACAUUUAACGAUUGUUUCAAGUUACAUCUGAGACACUAAAUAACAGAAUAUUUACAUAUUCAAAAUGAUAAUCAUUUUUCCUAAGAUAUAUGGUAUUGUGCUAAAAAAAUAGCAAAAGUUAUCAAUGGAGGAAGAGAGUUAGUCAGACUACAAAAAUCUAUUUUGUAAACCGUUCUCUUGGGUAAAAUAUGCAGUUAUCCUUGAAUUUAAAUAACUAUUCCAAUAAAACUCUAUUCUACUUGUUCUUUAUGAUUUAGCUUACAUUGUAUUUGAAUUGUUCUUAGAAAGCAGCUGCUUCUGUCAGUUAAUCUUUAGGUAAGGUUGUGCCAUUUACAGAAAGCACCAUUAUAAGGCACAGGAAUACAACACAAAACAGAGGUUUCAUUUAUUAUUGUUCGUGAUAAGGAAAAUUUUAAUUCAUGUCAUGUUAACUUUUCCUAAAUGAAGCCACCAAAUGAAAGUGCCUUACAUUAACCGUAAGAGAACUAACUGUAAGCUCUAAUCAAUGUUAAGGCGUAUUACAUGCUCCGGUGUGCUGAAAUGCAUGAAAGCACUACGCUAGGUUAUUGAGAAGACAAAGUGCACACUAGACGAUACUUGAAUCUGUAGACUGAGCAUAGAUGCUGAAAACCAGACAACUGUUAAAGGCCGAGAUUCACUUCUGACUAAAGUACAAGUUGGAGUGAAUAUCUGCUAAUGUGGUGUUUGCAUUCCUAGAGAACCACAUUACAAAAUGUUAAGUAUUGCAGAUCCAACAAAAUAUGGAAAUACUAUUUUGUGAGAUUUUUUUUUUUGUUGUUGUUGCUUCUUAUGGUCCUUAAAGAUUUGUUCAAUUACAAAGAAAAUCUCACCUUUCACAGGUUGUAGAUAGCAUGUAAUUGAUCUUUGUUUUACAAACAGCCAUUACAGCUACACUGCUAAAAGUUUUGGCUUCUGAAGGCAUAGUUCAGUUUAUCUAAAUUUGUCAGAUGGCACACUACCCAUUGAGGACAGCAGUGCAUCCAUUUACAAAAUAUUAGUAAAAAUAAACCACAAAACGAAUUACAAACAAAAACACUAAUCAUUGUAAUACAUACAUGUCGGAGUAUUUUUUUAAACUAUAUUCUUCAAGCUGACAUAAGUGUGGACUUACAGUAUCUGUUAAUGUGUUCAUUAUCAAUACCCUGAUUGUUUUUUAAGUCUGUGUUUUACACUGAUGCAAAUUUUAUAUUCCUGUACUCCCUCCUUCACCUUCUGAAAAGCCAUGCAGUACUCCUCGCUGAACAUCCUUUACACCUCUGUCCUUGACAUGUGCUCUGACAGUUGUCCAGAUAUCAAAAAAAUGAACUUCCCUUUUAAGUAUUCAAGAUUAAUAAAUGUUAUUUAAAACGUGUAGUAGGCUAUGGAUAGCUGGCAGUGGAGAAGAGCAAAACUAAAUUCUAACCUUCACUUAAUGACAAAAAAAAAAAAAUCAGUUAAAUAGAAAUUCUUAUGUCUCUUUAGUCUUGCUGUUCAUGGAUUAAUGCUUGAGUUGGCUUUUGGCAUAAGCAGAUGCUACCAUUAAUCAUGAUGCUUGCAGUUUAUGGAGUUUUUCUUGCAACUAGCCUGCUUUCACUAAUGUAUUCAUAUAAGUGGUUCCCUAAAAUGCUUGGUAGAUUUGCAGUUGCCUUUCUAAUAAGGUGGUAACAGAGGAAGAAUUAUGCCUGUCAGUCAUGUGUUAUCCUCUGUUAGUUUUUAUUAAUCUCGUGAGAAUUUGAACAAAUAUUUCUUGUUUGUGUUUGAAAAAUAACAGGCUCAGUAUAUGAGGAGAAAGUCUUUUGAAUAUAUGUUUGUGGAUUUUUGAACAUGCAACACUGGUUUACAUGUUAAAAGCGGGCUCAGAUAUUGUCUGUGUGAUACACACAAAAUUUAUGUUUGGGGGUAGGGACUUGGCAGGGUAGGCCUAACUUUCCUUUUCCAGCUGUAAGAUUAAGUUUUUCCCAACACACCAAUGCUUCUCCUCCACCCAUUUUUAGUUACUACACCUUAGACCGUCUGGAUCUCCUGUGUUGCAAUGUGGCAUCUCCAGUCACUUCUGUAAAAGUUGUGUGAUCUUUGUUUGUGGGCUCAGUGUAAUGUUAGUCUUAAUUCACACAACCAUCCCUUUUUUUUCUCCAGAAAAAGUAGUAAAAUACAAAAAAAGUAUUUUUUCACUGUUUUUAUAUCGUUUUUAGCAAGCCCAGCUUGGUCAGCUGCACUUAGGGAUUUCAGGUUUUUCAAGUAACUAACAUUGAUGAGUUUAGUCCUAUAAUGUCUUAACUAUUUUAAUACUUAACACAUCAGGUAUUGCAUUAACUUACUAUUUGUGGCAGUUUCUUAUGAAAAACAAUGCCCUUGUUGAAAUGCUUUAUUAUAAAAAAAAAAAAUACAAAUCUAUAACCAAGUAUCCUGGUAUCUUUUAGCACAUGCUUAUUAUAUGCUGCUCUUGGAGGGCUGGAAUACCAUCUGACUUCUCGAAUUUGUGUUUAUAGGACUCGCUUUUUCAUGAAUAAAGAGAAACUAACACAUUUUAAAUUUUAAAAGGAUGGUCAUUUAAUUUUCAUUUACAAUAAAGGAUUGCAUAUCUGUAUGUUUGUUAAUGUUGGACAUUUACCCAACAAUGACAGGUUCUAAAAUUAAAGUGUUUACAUUAUUAGAAUAUAUAUAUAUAUAUAUAUAUAUAUAAUAUAUAUAUAUAUAUAUAUAUAUAAAAAAGCAGAAAAGGUGUUUGCUGACUUAACCUAUGCAUUCAGAGGCUGAUAUUUUUAUAAAUGUAAUUUGAUAAAUACUAGUCACUUUCUAACCUAUGGUAAUUAUUAAAACUGUCAAAUAAAAUUUAAA